AUGGCGUCCGUGUCGUCACUCGAUAAGGACUUGCGCAAGAUGCGACUCGACAAAUACACCCCGGCCGCUGCCCACGAGGCACGGACGUGGGUGGAAGAGUCGCUACGCGAGAGACUACCUUCGCCAGAUCUACUCGAUGCCUUGCGAGAUGGCGUUGCUCUCUGCAAGCUGAUUAAUCUCGCCAUACCUCCUCCCGGGAUCAAAUUCAAGCAAUCCACCAUGCCCUUUGUCCAAAUGGAAAACAUCUCCCACUUCCUUCGAGCCUGCCAGUCUCCGCCGCUAAAUCUCCACGAACAUGACAUUUUCCUCACCGUCGACCUCUACGAGCAAAAAGACCCAGCGCAAGUCCUCCAGUGCCUCAGUGCGUUCAGCAGAGCUGCCCACGGUGCCAAUCCCCAACGAUUCCCCAACGUCAUCGGCCCUAGGUCAUCGCAGCCUGGAGGCCCACCUUCUACACCUACUGCUGGGGGUCUUCGUGGCCGCGGCGCUUCUGUCACGAGCAACACGUCAUCCGCCUAUAGCAAUACGACCCGGUCUAGUAUGCUUCCGUCACGGACGGGUGACUCAAUGUCCGGCCGCUGGAGCCCGACAAAGAGCCCGGCGCGUGAUACUGGCUCUCCUGGCCCGGUUAGCACCUGGAGUAGGAAGGAGCAGGAAAAUGCGUCAACCCCAGCCUGGAACAUUUCCCAGUACGGUUAUAUGGGCGGUGCCAGCCAAGGCAACCUCGGCAUUCAGUUUGGUGGCCGCAGACAAAUUAUUAACAGCGGGCCGCGCGUGCCCAGCCUCGCUGAGAAGGAGCGCGUACGCAAAGAGCAGGCCGCCGAAGAAGAACGGCAGCGACAAGAAGACGAGGAACGGGCACGAGAACAACAAGCGCUUGAGGAAGCGCAAGCCCAAAAGGAGGAAGAGGAGCGCUGGGAAGCAGAAACGCGAAGGCUGCGCCAAAAAGCAGACGACGAGAAGCGGCGCUGGGAGGAAGAGGAGCGACAGUGGAAGUUGACGGAAGAGCGACGCAAGAAGGAAGAGGCCGAAGCUGAGGCCAAGUUGGAGGAUGAACGGCAGAGAGCCAGGAGCCGUAGCCCGGUGAAGCUGCGCGGUCAAUUCUUGAGUCAGUACCAGGCCGACCGUGGUGUUAGUGGCGACGCCACCGAUGACAGCAGCCGUAUAAAGGAACUCGAAAGACAACUCGAACAAGCACGAGAGCGUGAGGCAGAAUACGAGCGAGAGAGACAAGGACGCGGGUCGAACCGAUCAUCCGUUAUCUCCAGUACUGUCUUCAAGGCGCCGCCCAUCGGGACAAGAUCGCCCAAGGCCCGUUCUCGAAGCCGACCACGCGCUGCAGCGCCCGUUGCGAGCCCGCCCAUGCGACAAGACUCUUGGGCGCCAGGAGAGCGUGAAUACCUCCAGACGCACUGGAAACAACACCAGCAGCAACAGUCUCCUACGCCCGAGCCACAGCAGCGGGCGUCACCUGCGCCGGUCCAGCAUCAGCGCACACCGGAACCGCGCGCGCCUGCAACCCGCUCUCCCCCACCACCGCAAUCACCACGUCCUCUGCCAGACCCGGCCACCGCAUCGACGACGCCCAAGGUCAAGACGCACAACACGGGUGGCAGCAGCCGGCCCCUGCCCGACCCUGCAACGUACCAGUCGCCGCCAACGCCCCAGAACCGCGCCGGUCGCUUCCUCCCCAGUCAUCCUGUGCCGGUACAGCCCGCAGUGAACCUGCCGCCGCCGCCAACGUAUGCGCGUGAGGUGGUCAGCAGCGCCGAGGAGCGCGAUGGCGAAGACCGCCGCCGCAACCAGCAGACCCAGGCCAAGGCCACUGCCGGAAAGUCACUCCUCGAGCGCGAGAUGGAAAUGGAGCGCGCACGGCAGCGCGAGUGGGAAGAGGCCCAAAAGGAAACGGCCCGCGCCGUGCCUGCUGCCGACGGCGUCGAUGGCAUCGGCGGCCGCUGGGAUGUGGGCCAGUGGAGUGGCUACACCGGCGGCGACUCCCAAAACAAGGGCAACCAGGGCAUCGGCGCCGGACGCAGACAAAUUGUCGGCCCGCGGCCCCUGCCCGGCGCGAACCGGUAA